AUGUCAGGUGGGAAUGAUUCCUUGAUUAGAUCCAUUGACUCGCCUAGGGGUACUCUCGUGAAUAGAGAUACCACAUCGAGCAGGUUCAAGAGAUAUCCUAUAUUCCGGCUUGGUUUUUGCCUUUACACCAGGAUGGAGAAAAAUUUUCUUCGUGAGAGGAUUCAUACAUCUAGACGAGACUUAGCAAAGGUAGACAGGGAAUUGAUCGACCUAUUUUAUAUCCUUACCGCCAACAUGCAACCUGUAGACUGGGACAAGAUUGACGGAAUAACAUACCAAAAUAUGCAAAAUGAAUUGGAAAGAACAUCAGCUCGCCAGAAGAUCAAAUAUGAAAAACUGCAACCAAAAACCAAGCCGGAAUAUAGGAUAUCUCUUGAACCUGCUCGAACCGUGGUGAAUCUCACAGAUAAGACCCUUACGACAUCAGAAGUAACAUUAUUAGCGAAGGGAGGAAACUUUGCCAUAACACCGAAAGUGGUUCCAGUGGAAGACAUUAUUGCCGGAACAGAAGCUGCCAUACGUAACCUUCCUAACAGUAUCGCAGACGAAAUCCGAUUUGAAACGGUCAACAUAUUGAGAACUGCUAAGGCUCCAAAAAGUAAUCUGUCUAGGGAAGAACAUCAGGCUCUAAAAUCGCUGAAUGCUGACAAGGACAUUCUGGUCUUACCGGCAGACAAGGGGAAUGCUACGGUAGUAAUGAAGUCUGAGGAUUAUAGGUCCAAAAUCGAGGAUCUACUGGAGCCCCAGACUUAUAAGUUACUGAAGAAGGAUCCUACUGCCUUAAUUGUCAGAAACACCAACAGACUCAUCAAGGCCUCCUCACUCCCGGAACAUCUGAAAUCAAAAUUAAUUAACUCGGAAGCUCAACCACCACGCCUUUAUGGACUACCAAAAAUUCAUAAAGCUAGUGUCCCACUUAGACCGAUAGUGAGUGCUCCAGGAUCGCCUACUUACAACUUAGCUAAAUACUUGACUACGAUCCUACAACCGAAAGUCGGCAACACAAACUCUUAUGUGAAGGACUCAACGCAUUUCGUCCAAAAGCUAAAAGAUAUAAAACUGGAACCAUCUGACAUCAUGGUAAGCUUCGAUGUGGUAUCUCUAUUCACGAGAGUACCCCUAGGCGAGUCAAUGGAUCUAAUCAAGGAAUCAUUCCCACCUGACAUCGCGGAGCUCUUCCGAGUGUGUCUGACUGGUAGCUAUUUCUUAUGGAACGGCAAUUACUACGAACAAACAGAAGGUGUCGCAAUGGGUAGCCCAAUCAGCCCAAUAAUUGCUAAUUUCUUUAUGGAGAGAUUUGAAGAAAAAGCGCUAGAGUCAUCCGUUCUGAAGCCCGCUGUAUGGUUUCGUUAUGUGGACGAUACAUUUGUGGUUUGGAAACAUGGACGUGACAGCCUAGAUGACUUCCUUCAUCACCUUAAUUCGCAGAGCCCGAGCAUAAAAUUUACCAUGGAAACCGAAGUAAACAACCAACUGGCCUUCCUCGAUGUGCUUGUCAAGAGAAAUGGCGACCUUUUGGAUCACACCGUGUAUCGAAAACCCACUCAUACAGACCGGUACUUACACAAACUAUCAAAUCACCAUCCAAGCCAAAAACAGGGGAUUAUCGGAACAUUAGCAAAUAGGGCAAGACGUAUCUGUGCUAAUGAACACAUCCAAGAGGAACUAAGUCAUUUAAAUAAAGCCUUUCUUGCCAAUGGCUAUAAUGACAGAGAAAUAAAGGCGGCGCUGGUCACCGAUAGAAUUGGAAAAGUUCUCAGGAAACACAACAUCAAAACAAUAUACAAACCUACCCGGAAAAUAAAGGACUGCUUGAGACCAGCCAAAGAUAAAAGGGUACCAUUAUCCUCUGCAGGGAUCUACCGUAUACCUUGUUCCUGCGGUAGCGUAUACAUUGGAACUACCAAACGUUCAGUAGGAACGAGACUUACGGAACACAAGAGAAGCUGCAGGUUAUGGCAAACAGACAAGUCGGCCGUAGCAGAACAUGCUCUAAGAUAUGGUGACCACAAAAUCCACUUCGAAGUCACCCAAGUCAUUGCCACAACAUCUGGAUAUCAUCCUCGUCUGGUCAGGGAAGCUGUUGAAAUUCACAAACAUCCAAAUAAUUUCAACAGGAAGGAAGAAACUCACUACCUAAACAGAAUUUGGCAUCCAGCUAUAUCUAGGACCAAGGUAGCAGUACAGAGAAGUAGACCAGUUCCGGAAGAACUACCACCCGAACAAGCCACGCCCCCUCAAUGGACUUUGGGAUAUGAAUUUUUUCACAGAACAGUUUGCGAUCUGGGAUGCCUUAUCCUAUGUCAUCAUGGAAAACAAUCAGACUAG